AUGGCCUCGUCGAAACGAAUCGGCAAGGAGCUCGCCGACCUCACCAAGGAGCCCGUCGACGGUAUCACCGUAGAGCCCAAGGAGGACAACAUUUACAAGUGGACCGCCAAGCUUCAAGGCCCCGCAAAGAGCCCUUAUGCUGGCGGCACGUUCUUGGUCGACAUGGACUUCCCCAUAGAGUAUCCGUUCAAGUCGCCCAAGGUGCGCUUCAACACACGUAUCUACCACCCCAACAUUGACGAGGGCGGAAAUCUCUGUGUCGGCAUCCUCAAGAGCGAGGCGUGGAAGCCCAGCACAAAGGCGGUCACUAUCCUGCUCUCCAUACUUCAGCUCCUCCAAGAGCCCAACCCAGACGAUGCAUUGGUCGCUUCCAUUGCCGAGCUGUACAACACAGACCGCGCCAAAUUCGACAAGACCGCCCAGGAGUACACCAAGAAGUACGCCUCGGCAUAG